CUCUAUUAAUCUUUUCUUUAACCAAGCAAAUCCAAAAGAAAAAUGCAAUUCUCUGCUCUUGUUUCCUUUGUCUCUGCCAUCUUUGCCCUGGCUAUUUUUACCGCAGUUGAGGCCGCUCCUGCCAGCACCAAGGUCAGCGCUGCCUGUCUUGGCUUCCGUAUUACCUCCCCUGUGGCAUCUGGCUUGAAAUGGACCUAUGGUCAGUGCUACUCUGUCGAUUGGGACCUCGGUGCCAGCCAAGUCAAGACCAUCAAGUCAGUCGAUCUCUAUAGCUCUUCCACCAAGAAGAAGAUUGCUACCGAAAAGAGCAACGUUGCUGGAACUGCCGGUACCUCUGGAAAUUUCCCCUUGUUGAUGGGUGACGAUCUCGAGUCCGGAAACUAUUACUUCCAGGUUAAUGCUGUGACCGCCAGUGGCGCUACCUGCACCUUGAGCACCGUUGCAUUCAACGUCAAUGUGAACCCUAACUCCCCACCUGUCACUCAUUGUUAAAGUCUGCUUGUGCGUGUGUACUACAUAUUUACUAUUAUAUCCCAUCAAUAAACCUUAUUCUUAAUUCUGAGAACACUGUUAAUAUUCAUGCAUUGCACAGAUAUUCCAAUAGUCUCUCUAUACUUUUAUAUAUAUAUAAUAUAAAAAUUAAAGCCUCGUAACUAU